UUUAUUUUGACAUGCUUACGACAGACAAUACGUCACUCAAGUACUGCACAUGUUAGCUUCAUCACAGAAGUAGGCUAAGUUACCUUCAUCAUGGAAACGGAUUCGACUCUCCUGAACGUCGAACUGGAGGAGAUAAAGCAGGAAGAACUUUAUCAGCAACUCUUACUUCAGACUAUGGGAAAAAAGCAAAGCGACAGUUCCCCUUGCAAAGUCAUCCGUCCUCAGCCAGGCAUUUGUGUAAAGACCUUCUCUGUGUCAGACAAAAAGAAGGUCUUUCUGAAUAUCUGUCAGUCACAGGCGGUACCACCCCCUCCUCAUCUGUCCCAGGAAGAACUGGUGGAGCUACUGGAGUCAGAAGAUCCCACAAGUUACAGAGUGCCUAUGAGCCUCGGCGAACCCCAUACAGAAAAAGACAACAGUUCACAAGGCUGCACAGUGUAUGAUGUAGUGAUCAAUGAAGAAUUUUUCCAGAAAUGCCAGAAAGACGAACUGUUCCAGCAGUUUCUGAUCGCAGUUUCUUUGGAGGGACUGGAAAACAAAUACAACCUAGAGUUAAGCAGAGAUGUGAAGAUAUUGAAGAACAGAAAGUUUAUGGGUUCUGUAGUAGAGCAAAACAUUCGCACCAAGAACAAACCAGUUAUCCAGGAAAUUAACUCCAAGGAAUCUCACUCAUUGCCUUCAUCAGCCAAGCGCCCAGAGUUUUGUUUAAUGGUUGAGCCCCCAACUGGUAAUGCAGAGUAUGUGAUAGCUGAGGUCAAGCUACCUGGGGUGAUGUCUGCUCGCUCUCUUGUUCUGGACUUGGGAGAAGACAGGUUAUUGCUUAUUGCCCGACCGUCUCUUUAUCACCUGGAUAUUUUCUUUCCUUUGCUUAUUGACCAAGAAAACAGUGUUGCACAGUACAACACAAAUACGCAGGUGCUCACUGUUACCAUGCCAGUAAUGUCUUCAUAAAAGUUCUCUAGGUUACGAGGUGGAGCUGGCAUGAAUUAAACUGUUUGUUCCAGCACAUACCACACAUGCUUGCUUGGACUAAGGUCUGGAGAGUUUGAAGACCAGGGCAAUACCUCUUCCUCAUAUUUUUCAAACAUUUCCUGAACAAAUGUGUGCAGUCUGGUGCAUUAUU